GCUCAAAGUCCAGGAUUGUAAUUUCUAUUUUUCAGCUGCCAUGCUGUAUGGAUGGUAAAGUGCUUGGAUUUGGCAGCAUGCUGGCGUUUGUUGUCUUCGCGAUGUGGUCAGGGUGGCUUUCAGCUGCCGUGGAAAGCGCAAAGAUAAGUUGUCAGAUGAGACAACAAAGUGAUUACAUCGGGAGGCGUUGCCCUCUGAAACUGUCUGCUGAGCCCUUCUCUAAAUGUGUCUCCGUGCAUGUUUGGAUGGGAAAUGAUGAUCUAAAGAGCAGACCGAAGAUUAAAGUCCUCUCAACAGAAGGCACAGUUUGGCUUACCGUCAAAAAGUCAGGAAAAGCAUCAAAGUCGAUCGUGGUAACUCAAAGGAACAUCACUGUCAACUGCCCUAGACACAACAGCUCUAAGAUGUGGGAGCUGAUAUACGAUUGUGUUGGCGCUGAAGCCCAAAGCAUUGUAUCUGUGUCUUUCAGCACAAAUUCAGCAAACUGCACUUCCAGUUACUCCGUGCCAGAUCCAGCGCCCAAAUUUAGUCUGUCAUUGGAUCAGCAGUCAAAAUCAAUCAAUGUGACCCUGCAACCCGCUGAAAGAGUCCCAGUGUACACCAGACUGUGUUACCGCAAGAAUCCAAAAGACUGCCUCAUGGGUCAGUUGCCUUCAACACGAAUUACUAUUGAUCCUUCUCAGUCUUGGUCAGCUGUUCUUGACGUCCCUUACCUGCUGCCCUGUCUCUGCGUGCAGGUGUAUUACACUGGCGGAGAUACCCUUCGUGCUACAGAGUGCCCAUUGAAAAAUAAAUCCCUCGGGGUAAAUGUCAGAGACGUGUGGAACGCCAGCAGUGUCACGCUGUACGAGUCGAGCGUGACCUGGAGCUCUCCCUGCCAUGCCAGCUAUCUGAGGCCCUCUGCCUCCCUCUGCUGGAGACAAAACGAACACCUCUGCACACCCGUCUCCAACUCGACUCUACAGGAAGUGGACGACACACAGUACCUGAGAUAUAAUAUAUCUGCCGUGGACAAACACCUGCAGAUGUGUGUACAGUUCUCUCUAGAAGGCAGCCGUAAUAUCCACUGCCUCUUCAAGUCUGAUAUGUCUUCAUGGGAGGCACACAUUGGACCUGGUAGGCAGAGCCUGCUUGUGUAUCUCACCUCUUCUGUCCCAGCCAAGUUCUCAGCUCAGCUUUGUAUCCUGAGCGAAACAGGAUGUACAUCUAAAGGGCUUGCUCAUUCAGUAAGAAUGGAAGGGGAUGCUGUAGAGACACAGAUAAAUGUGCCUGGUCUUUUUCCUGCUGAGAAGCUGUGUGUGCAGGUGUGGCAGUCAGAUCCUCCUCGGCUCGGAAAAAGAAUUAUGUGCCUUGACUGCACACACAGGAGAUACGGUAUGCUUGCUGUGGCAGUCUUGGUAUUUGUGGUUAUUGUGGCUUUGCUGGUAAUCCUCAUACACCGCCUGGCCAAGAACGGAGCAGCCGGUUGGCUGUCAAUCCAGAGACCAGUGUUAUUGGUGUGCUCUUCAGAGGCGUCUGCACAUUUGUCUGCUGUGUUCUCGUUGGCCUCCAUUCUGCAGGGGGAGCUGUGUGCACCAGUGCGCAUGGCUCUUUGGGACCAGAGCUCACAAAAGCAGGCCAGGGCCGGCACUGGAGUGGCAGAUCUUGGCCCUCUUCCUUGGUUGUACGGCCAAUGGGAGGAAGUGCAUAAGGCCCAAGGAAAGGUGCUAAUCAUUUGGAGUCCCGAUGCCAAUAAAUCCUAUGAGAAGUGGAGAGUGGAAAGGGCAAAAAGUGAUGGGAAUAAGAGAAGAAAAGAAGACGGCAGAACAGAGAUGAGACAUGAAAAAACAGGAGUAGAUAGAGAACACGACUGGAAAGUAAAAGAAAGAAGACUAAAAAAAUGUAGAAAAGACAAAGCUGCUGUGAAAGAAGAGUUUGUUAAGUUAUUUAAUAAUAAUGAGCAGGACUUCCAGAAGGAUCCCUCUUCAGUGACGGGGCCAGUGUUCAUUGCUGCCCUGGCUCGCCUACUGGGGGCACUGCAGGAGUGCAAAGAUCAUGGAGCGGCCUUUGUCUACUUCCAGGGCCUUGGCCACAGCAGAGACAUCCCAAAGGACUUCAGAGGCGUCCCUCGAUAUGGUUUACCACAGGAUUUCAGGGCUUUGAUACUGGGACUGGGGGGAAUGGGGACAAAAAGUGAUCAGUUUAGGUGGCACUGCUCUGCCAGACUCCUGUCCAAAUUGCUGUCACUAUGGCUUGCACAGCGACUGGCCCACAGGUUAAGAGCGCUGCUGACACAGACAGAGACGCGAGAAAAGAAAACACAAGGGCUGAGGCUGAAGUCAUCACAGGAAAUGAUGUCAGGACACAGCGGGCUCAAGUUGCCACCAUCAGUGACAAUGACAAGGCCAGGAACUCUGCACGAGCAAGAGCCUCUGCACAGGUCGCCAUGGAAAGGAGAAGCGUUUGAAGCUCAGGUUUCACUUAUCUGAUGGGGACAGACUUUUGUCCUUGUAACACGAUGCGUGGAACAUGGGAGCUGCUGUUACACUGUGAGCACCUCACAACCGCUCACUCAAUGAGGACUGUUCAUCUCUCCGCACCACGUUGUGUAAAUGCCACCACCUGCUUUGCCUGUUAUGAAAAGGUAAAUAGUCGGUUGUGUCUCCAGCACAUGGCCUUUAACAGAGUCUCUUUAUGUUGUGUUCUAAUAACUAAGGCCAUACUGAACCACCUGCCUUAUCUCUGUAAUAUGCUAACUGCUAUGAAAAGCUGGUUGCAAAUUAAACACAGCACUUUACUUCAUGUGUACCCACAAUGUAUAAAUAUGUUAUCACCACCCAGGUGUACUGAGGUGCAGAGGGGUGACAGCCGUUAUGCUGAAACUCACUUUUUAAAAAAAGGUGAGGGCCCUGUGCAAAAGGUUUUUUCAAAGGUGCUGGUUGUUGCCGAACAAGAUCAGACUAAUAGACAGAUUUAAAAAAAGCAUUGUUAUUGUUAUUUAAUUCCAUGCAGCCUUGUACUAUAUAAGAAUAAAAAUUGACUAUAGUCUACUAAAAGACUUGCAGUUGAUACAAGAGUAUAGUUCUACCUAUUAGUCCAUUUACAAUUUGAGUAGCAUUUUUGUAAAUACCUGCUUUAAACUAAAGCUUUUUGGGAUUUACAGUAUUAGUAUGAAGAAUGAGAACAAAGUGACUUGAAUUCACAAAUGUGAUCUGCCAUAAAGUGUUUGACUUUCUGGCAGCUGGGCAGCGUGCCAGUAUGGAGUAUUUGUAAUUCCUUUUCAUUCACCCUCAGCCUGUUAGGUUGGACUUUGAACAAGUACCGAAAAUUCUCUUUAGUCAGUUUCAUAGGUUUAAGCCAUCAAAUAUGGAAGUAUGGCAGCUCCAUUAUUCUGACACACACAACCUCAUGUAUGAAAAAUAAAUCCAGUGGAAACUACAACUGACUGACAUGUUUUUCGUUAGAAUCAUCCAUUGUAAUGAACAGAAAUCAGAAGAUGGAUUUUUCAUCUGCCACGUAAUGGUCGGUAACAUCUAAUGCCAAUGUAAUACACAUACUGAUAGAAGUUUUAGUUCUCUAUGUUCCUACUCCAUACCACAAUUAUUAUUCAAAUGCUUGAACAGCAGUUACCUCAAAAAUCUCAGAGCAUUAGAGAUAGAAAGCCUCUGCUGUGGCACUUUCCCAAUGAAAUUUCAGUGCGGGAACAUGACUGGGAAAUAAGGAAGUACCCAGCAAUAAGUUAUCCUUUAACUUUAUAUGUUGUUUUGUUGGAAAUAAGUUAUCCUUUAACUUAUUUGUGUUAUCCUUGUUAUCGUCAACAUUUUCAAUGAAUAUGCAUUUGUUGCAGAGUAUGACAUUUUAUGUACAUAUAUGUAUACAUAUUUUAUAUAUAUGCACAUUAUGGAUUUUCAUAUGUCAAAUAAAUCAAAAUACUUGUACUAACUAUAUGCAAAACAACCUCAAACUGUAAAGACAGACAUCAUUUACAACGGUCAGAUGUGUAAGGUACUUGAACCAAGAUUUGUUCGUCAGUCAAACAACAAUAAAUCC